CUCUCUCUCUCUCUCUCCCUUUUUUCUCUUAGAAACAUACACUAAAUAUAUAGAUAUUGGUAGCCUUUUGUUUGUUGUUUUCUUUGUGCUGUUUGGUGUGAUGUGAAGGUGAUUGUCUGUUGAGUAAUGGGUAUGUUGUGUUUUGGCUGUUGGUUGAGGUUUCGUUAACUUUCUUUCUUCUCUGAUUGGCGGUGUUAGUGGUGGUGGGGUUUGUGAUAGCUUCUGCACUGAGAAUUUUGGUGUGUAAAGGUUACUGAUUUUGGUUUCUUGUGUUUACAGGGGAUUGAGUUUCAGUUUUCUUGAUGGGAAGUUGGGGCUCUUUCAUAUUUUGACAAUGAAAUGAGUUCAUGAUUCAAAAUGAUAAUGGUAGGAGUGAGAGAGUGGAUAAGAAGCCAGAGAAUUUUUUCAUUUCUUGGAUGUUUAAGUGGCGGUCUUCAUGCAAUUCUCGGUGGAUAACUAUGGAAGGUUCAUCUGAGUCUGCUUGGCAGAAGUCUGCUAGUUCUAGGGCACUGAAUACUUCUGGAGUCUCAGACAGGGAUCCAAGGCUGUUUGGUGCUGAGCAAAUCGACGUUUCAGGUGAUGUUUCGCAUGAUUUUGGGUUUAGAAAGGAGGAUGGUAGGGAUGUGCUGGCUCAUAAUGAUCACCUUAGAAGCCAGGUUGGUGUUUCUGGGGUUUGUGAGGAUGAGGCAGCAGUAAACCCUUUUGUCCGUACCAUUGAAUGGGGUGAUGUUAGCUUAAGGCAGUGGUUGGAUAAACCAGAACGGUCCAUUGAUGUCUUCGAAUGUUUGCACAUAUUUAGGCAAAUAGUUGAGAUUGUAAAUGUAGCACAUUCACAAGGGAUUGUUGUCCAUAAUGUUCGGCCUUCCUGCUUUGUCAUGUCCUCCUUUAAUCAUGUUUCCUUCAUUGAAUCUGCAUCUUGUUCGGAUUCUGGAUCUGAUUCUGUUGAGGAUGCGUUAAAUAGCCAAAAUAUGGAGGUUGAGGAUUUAUCCUCUACUUUUCCCCUUGACAUGCAUCAGCAACGUGGGCUGAUGAAUGAAGAUGUGCAAACUCGAACAAAUGCUGUGUCAGAAGCCAGUUGCAUGCAGUCAGGCUCUGUAUGUGCAAGGAAUGCACGUUUAGAGGAAAGUGAAGAAAAUAAAAUCUUGGACAGAAGAAAUUUUGAACAAGUAGAAGAGAGAAAGCAACCAUUUCCUAUGAAACAAAUAUUGCUUAUGGAGACCAGUUGGUACACUAGUCCUGAAGAGGUUGCUGACUCUACCAGUACCUGUGCUUCCGACAUCUAUAGGUUGGGAGUUCUUCUUUUUGAGUUAUUCUGCCCCUUUAGCUCCAGAGAAGAAAAGACUAGAACUAUGUCUAGUUUAAGACAUCGAGUUCUUCCUCCACAGUUGCUAUUGAAGUCGCCGAAGGAAGCUUCAUUUUGUUUAUGGUUAUUGCAUCCUGAGCCAAGUAGUCGUCCAAAAAUGGGUGAGUUGUUACAGAGUGAGUUUCUUAAUGAACCAAGAGAUAAUCUGGAAGAACGUGAAGCGGCCAUAGAACUCAGGGAGAGAAUAGAGGAGCAAGAGUUAUUGCUAGAAUUCCUUUUGCUGAUACAACAAAGGAAACAGGAAGUUGCUGAUAGGUUGCAGGAUACUGUUUCUUUUCUGUGUUCUGACAUUGCGGAAGUUACAAAGCAGCAAACAAUUUUAAAGAAAAAGGGAAGCUCAUAUACAGAGGUGGGCAAAGAUGACAAUUCAACAUCAAAUCUCCCCUCAAUAAAUAUCAUUGAUACUGAUGAUUCUUCUAGCCUGGGGUCUAGAAAACGAAUUAGACCAGGACUUCAGAUUCAAAAUAUAGAAGAAUGUGGUGAUAAUCUAGACACUCGUCAAAAGUCUGAUACACUUACUGAAAAUCAAGAAAGUAUUCUCCUGAAAAGUUCUCGGUUGAUGAAAAACUUUAAGAAACUUGAGUCGGCAUAUUUUUUGACAAGAUGCAGGCCAGUGAAGCAAUCAGGGAAGCCUUUGAGUAGGCAAACACCAUUGAUUAGUGAUGGCAGAGGAUCUAUUGUUCUGACGGAAAGAAGUUCUGUCAAUAAUUUAACAUCAAAAGAGAGGUAUAGCGAGAGCUUGGAAAGUGGAUGGAUAAAUCCCUUCUUUGAGGGCUUGUGCAAGUAUCUAUCUCACAGCAAGUUAAAGGUCAAGGCAGACUUGAAGCAAGGGGAUUUAUUAAAUUCUUCCAACCUCGUAUGCUCACUUGGUUUUGAUCGUGAUGCAGAAUUUUUUGCUACAGCUGGUGUAAAUAAGAAGAUUAAAGUAUUUGAAUGUAAUGCAAUAAUAAAUGAAAAUCGUGACAUCCACUAUCCUGUGGUAGAAAUGGCUAGUCGGUCAAAGCUAAGCAGUAUAUGUUGGAAUAGUUAUAUUAAAAGCCAGAUUGCAUCAAGUAACUUUGAAGGAGUGGUGCAGGUGUGGGAUGUUACAAGAAGUCAAGUACUCACUGAAAUGAGAGAACACGAGAAACGUGUAUGGUCCAUCGACUUUUCAUCAGCAGAUCCAACAAUUUUGGCUAGUGGGAGUGACGAUUGCUCUGUAAAGCUAUGGAGUAUCAAUCAGGGAGUAAGUAUUUGUACCAUCAAAACAAAGGCCAAUGUUUGCUGUGUCCAAUUUCCCUUGCACUCUGGUCGAUCUCUUGCAUUUGGUUCAGCAGAUCAUAAAAUUUAUUAUUAUGAUCUCCGAAACUCUAGGAUUCCUCUAUGCACCCUAGUCGGACACGAUAAAACUGUGAGUUAUGUCAAGUUUGUGGAUUCAAGUACUCUUGUGUCUGCUUCCACGGAUAAUACUCUGAAGCUUUGGGAUUUGUCAAUGUGCACAUCUCGGGUUAUUGAUACUCCCCUUCAAUCCUUUACCGGCCACAUGAAUGUAAAGAACUUUGUGGGCUUGUCUGUAUCUGAUGGUUACAUUGCUACUGGCUCAGAAACUAAUGAGUGUUGCAAUAUUUUUCUUACCCAGAAGCAUAUUUGGACAAGCAAAAAGGCUGAUCAUAUUUAUUCCGUAUUCAUCAAGAUCAUGACAGGUAUUCAUAUAUCAUAAGGCUUUCCCAAUGCCAGCAUUGACAUUCAAGUUCAACAACAUGGAUCCACUUUCUGGGCAUGAAAUGGAUGAUGCAGCGCAGUUUAUCUCUUCCGUUUGUUGGCGUGGCCAGUCCUCUACCCUAGUUGCUGCAAAUUCUACUGGGAAUAUCAAAAUUUUGGAGAUGGUUUAGUUUGGCCUCUUCUUCUAAAUCAUCCACAAUUCAAGCAGGGACAUGACCAAACCAGUCCUCCAUGCAGGUGCAGAACAACAAAUAAGGGCAGGUACCUUCCAUUGGAGAAGAUUAAGGGUAUAGCUUUUGAGCAAAACAAUUUUUGGCUGUAGAUGAUAGCGGAUGCAGUUAGCAUGAAGAGUGAGAAUGAUUUGAUCAAAUAUAUGUAGAUAAAAAUUCAAAGGAGAGAAAAGGGAUAAAAAAUCAGCCCUCUUGUAUAUUUUAUAAUGUUAUAGUUCAUAGCCAUUUUUUUAUUAAGUAUAAUUAAUUUCUGAUGCAUCACAGUUUACCAUUUCCUGAUGGAUGUUAUUUA